AGGCAAGCUCUGACCCUUCACUUCUGUAUUAGGAGUUGGGCAGCAUGUUUCAUUAUGAGUCCUUUGGAAUUGUGCUUGGUCCUUGUGUUGAUCACAGUUCUUAAAUCUUUCAAAGUUAUUUGUCUUUACACUCUUUUGUCAUUGUAUGAAUUGUUCUUAUUUCAAUUUGCAUUGUUUCAUAAAGUCUUUCAGGUUUCUAUGAAGCCAUGGGAAUAGAGUUUUAAAGUGUAGCAGUAGCUCCCUUUGAUGAGGAGGCCAUCUUGGAAAAGAGGUUAGGGAACAUACUCCAAGGCAGGUGACGUGUGUUCGUACUUGAGAUUGAUGAAAAGUUUUUCCUGAAUUAGGGAUGUGUCUCUAAGACUGAAAUGUAUGUGUAGGAAUAAAUUAUGAAAAGGAGAAAAUUGGGUCAAAAUGUUGAAGAGGAAAAGAAAAAGGUUUAUUAAUUCUCAGUGCUCCUAGUGACAUUUUUUUCCCCAUUAGGAUAUAUAGUUUGGUUUAAAUCUUUCUAACUCCUACUUCCCUCAAAUAACACUGGGAUUCAUGAGGUAUGAAAAAAUGCUUCUGCAAAUGAUGUUAAAUGCACGUCUGUAAUGCUUUGCAGCAUUCAGAGUCUUUAUGGCUUUUGACUAAAUCCUGAAAGAUUCUCAGUUGACAAAUACAAAUAGAAGUGUCAGGUGGCCUGUAAAUUCUGUUUUGUAUGAGAGUGUCAAAUGGCUUUUAAAUGUCCUGAGAUUAUCUGGCAUAGUGGCUAAGUGAAAGAUUUAUUCUCAGACUCAAAGAUCUACAAAUUCCAGAGAAAUCAGAGGGUUAGGGCGUCCAAUAACAGAAGAACAGAAAAGCCAUCAGUUAGCCAAGCCCCACAGGUAUGUAGGGCAGUGGAAGAGAAUGGUACAGGAAUGAGUGCAACAAAUGGAGGUAGUUUGGGUUUAGAGACAAAGCUGUAAUUUUCUCCAGAGUGAUUCCUACUGAGUGAAGUAUUGUAAAUGGUGUUUUGAAGGUAGAUUAUGAUUUUUCAUAUCUUUGAUUGAGUGUGCAGAUGGAUUGAGCAAGAGGGGAUAAGCCAAUAUAUGCCUGGCUAACCUUACCAUGCAUUCUUCUGUUUCAAGGACUCUCAGUGCCUAGUUAGAAUACAAGGAAAGUAGAUUGCCUUUGUAUCAUGCUCAGAGAACAGAUGCUUGAGGCUAAUACAACAUUAUUUGUGGUUGUGUUUUAAAACAGAUGAAAUCAAUAGGUAAUAUUUUAUCUUAAAAUGAAAGUUCUCUGACGAAAGCAUAUGAACUAAUGAAAUUGAGAGGUUUCUACUUGUCAUUUAAAAAUUAUUUUAAAAAUUAGCAAUGGAGAAGAUCUUGUAAAGUUUCUUAUGGUCCUGUACUUCAUUAUUUGACUGAUUCAGUUCUCUUACAUCUUAGACCUUUGUUGUAUCAUUGCUAUUUAUUAUCUUGUUAGUGUAUUCUGUUUUUGUCAAACUAAUAUGGGUUGAAGGUGUGUGUGUGUGUAUACCCAAAGUAAUAAUUUUGUAUGUAUAACAGAGUGUAUUUUUAGUAUUAAUUUGGAAGGAAUUAUGGACCACAAAAGGACUUUUCCCUUUCUUCAAUAGGUUCUCAUAUUUGAUAAUUUCCUUCAUCAAAAAGUAUUUAUUGAACAUUUAAGCUCCUGUUUAACUUAGCGAAAACUGAAUUUUGAAAGCAAAAGCUCUUAAAUGAACUGAUCCUCAGAGUUUCUAGUGUGCCACUCCCCCAAGUUACUUUGUAUGUACUCUGUAUAUAUAUUUUAUCCUUAAUUAUUUUUGUUCAUGUUGCUUUCUCUUGAUGGAGUGUAAAUUCCUUGAGGAUAGGCCUGCUUUUGGAUUUUUCUUGGCCUCCCCAACCUGUUUCUGGGACUUAAAGUUCGAAAAGAUUUGAGUGGUCUUGAUGAUGUGACGCUUACCAGCCAAUCAGAAGGUGGAGGUUUCUCCAGUGACAGCGAUCUGAUCUCUCUGACUGUUGAUGUGGACUCCCUUGCUGAAUUAGAUGAUGGAAUGGCAUCCAAUCAGAAUUCUCCCAGUAGAACUUUUGGUAUCAAUCUUUCUCCAGAACCUUCAGCACUAGGAGCUAUUGCUUCUGAUAAAGAAAGAAGCAAAACAGAGGAAGAGCGGGAAAGUCGUGGUCUCUUUGCUGGAAGCCUGAAAUCCAGGCUUGGCAAAAAAGAUUAUUUGGAGAAGGCAGGUGAAUUAAUAAAGCAGGCUUUAAAGAAGGAGGAAGAGGAAGACUAUGAAGCUGCUUCUAGUUUUUAUAAGAGAGGAGUUGAUCUGCUCUUGGAAGGUGUUCAAGGUGAGUCAAGUCCCACUCGUCGAGAAGCAGUCAAGAAACGGACAGCGGAGUAUCUAAUGCGUGCUGAGCAGCUCUCUAGUUUUUAUUUAAAACCACCCCUUGGUGAUGGAGUGUCAUCCCAGCCUCCAGGAUCACUAAGUUCAAGGCCCUCUUGGAACCUAAGGAGCCCUGCCGAGGAACUGAAGGCCUUCAGAGUCCUUGGGGUGAUUGACAAGGUUUUACUUGUAAUGGACACAAGGACACAACAGACAUUCAUUUUAAAAGGUCUAAGGAAAAGCAGUGAGUGCAGCAGGAACAGAAAGACCAUCAUCCCCCGCUGUGUGCCCAACAUGGUGUGUCUGCACAAGUACAUCAUCUCUGAGGAGUCUGUGUUUCUUGUUCUGCAGCAUGCAGAAGGUGGAAAAUUGUGGUCCUACAUUAGUAGAUUCUUAAACAGGAGCUCAGAAGAAAGCCUUGAUGUUCAGGAAGUCAGAAAGUCUACUCUUGCUGAAGUUCAUCUGCAGCAGCCAACUCCUAGUCCUAAGGACAGUAGCAGCUUGGAGUCCAGAGGAAGUGAUGGUGGCAGCAUGCUUAAAGUUCUGCAUCUAAAGACUAGUCUUACGCCAAGUUCCCAAGAGGACAGUAGCAACCAGGAAGAAGAUGGCCAAGAUGGCUCUCCAAAAUGGCCAGAUUCUGGCUCAAGUUCAGAAGAAGAAUGCACUACGAGCUAUUUAACAUUAUGCAAUGAAUAUGGGCAAGAAAAAAUUGAACCUGGGUCCUUGAAUGAGGAGCCCUUGAUGAAGAUUAAAGGAAAUGGUGUUAGAACCAAAGAUACAGGAAGCGUACCAGCUUAUAUUGCUCCUGGCAGUGAUAGCCUCAGCUCUCAGCUGACUUCUCAGGAACUAAAAUUUUUCACCGAAGAUGCCAACCGUGAAGCAGCUAGCCCACCAAGAAUAUCAGAUUCUCUUAGUAGAUCAAAGAAUAGCCCUAUGGCAUUCUUUAGGAUAGAUAGCAAGGAUAGCACUAAUGAACUCCUUGGACUUGAUUUUGGUGAAAAGUUAUAUAGCCUGAAGUCAGAACCCUUGAAGCCAUUUUUUGCCCUUCAAGAUCAGGACAGCAGUUCUGGGAGUCUUGAUGCUAGUGAAACUAGAUUGGGGUUAAAAGCUCAGGACACCAUCAGCAGGGGUUCAAAUGACUCUGUCCCUGUUAUUUCUUUUAAAGAUGCUGCUUUUGAUGAUGUAAGUAGUACUGAUGAAGGAAGACCUGAUCUUCUUGUCAAUCUGCCUGGUGUGUUGGAGCCAACAAAAGAAGCUGCGACUGAGGGGCCUGCUCAGUUGACACAGACUAAUAUAGGCAUCUUAGAAAGUAAACUUUUAGAAGCUCCUGAUGUUUUAUGCCUCAGUCUUAGCACAGAACCAUGCCAAGGGCUUGAAGAAAAGGACACAGAGACCUUGAAUGAUCCCUGUAGUCAGCAAUUCCAUACUAUAGAAGAAAAGCACUAUGCACAGGAGGGUACUAGGGCCUUACUUAUUGCUGCUGUUGAUCAGACCAGUUCAGGAGACAAGUCUUUGUUACUGAGUUCAGAUGAGGAGUUUAAAGAAUUUGAAAUGGUUGCUCCCACACUAACUGCAAAUAGCACAGAAGAAAGCCUAUUCCUUAUUUCUAAUCCAGUCUCAGGUGCUAAUGAAUACAAUGUAAACCCAGACACUUUAAAAAAAGAAGAAGUAUUGCUGUUUUCAGAUCGAGCUGAAGACCCUGGUGAAGAAGAGCCAACCCCUUCUUUAUUUCAGCUAGACCCAAAAGACACUAAGGCUAAGGGUGACAGUGGAUUAACACUAGAAGGAGAGAAGGAAAUACAUCAGAUUUUUGAGGACCUCGAUAAAAAAUUAGCACUAACCUCCAGGUUUUAUAUCCCAGAAGGCUGCAUUCAAAGAUGGGCAGCUGAAAUGGUGGUAGCCCUUGAUGCUUUACAUAGAGAGGGAAUUGUGUGCCGCGAUUUGAACCCAAACAACAUCUUAUUGAAUGAUAGAGGACACAUUCAGCUAACGUAUUUUAGCAGGUGGAGUGAGGUUGAAGAUUCCUGUGACAGCGAUGCCAUAGAGAGAAUGUACUGUGCCCCAGAGGUUGGAGCAAUUACGGAGGAAACUGAAGCCUGUGAUUGGUGGAGCCUGGGUGCUGUCCUCUUUGAACUUCUCACUGGCAAGACUCUGGCUGAAUGCCAUCCUUCAGGGAUAAAUACUCACACUGCUUUGAACCUGCCAGAAUGUGUUUCCGAAGAAGCCCGGUCACUCAUUCAACAGCUCUUGCAGUUCAACCCUGUAGAGCGUCUUGGUGCUGGAGUUGCUGGUGUUGAAGACAUCAAGUCUCAUCCAUUUUUCACCCCUGUGGAUUGGGCAGAACUAAUGAGAUGAAAGCAGUCCAGGGGUCAUCUGAACAAGCUCUGGUCCUCUCAGUGACAAGUAUCUCUGGCAAAGCUGACUUGCAGUAAUUUGUAGAACACCAAAUCACUUGGACAAAGACAUUUAAAGGAAAUGGGGGAAGAAAAAGGCCAAAAGAGAACAAUUUAAUCUGAAUCACUGAUUAAGUAAGCCAUUGGUUGAUUUAUACAGCAAGGGGCUAUUGUAUGUAAACCAUUAACCAAGGUGUGGUCUAUAUUAAAUCUGUUUGUGCGUGUUUGUUCAUGUGUGCACUUGUGACUGUGUAUGUUGGGGAGAAAUUAUAUACUCAACAGAAAAAGGAAUGCCCUUAAAAUGUACUUCUAAUACAUUAUUGGAAGCAUAGAACUUAGUGCCAUGUGUAAGGAGAGCCUUGAAGUGUCAGUUAACAACAUUUUCUUUCAGCUAUAACUGGUGGAAAUGAUUAAACGACUUAAUGUUAUGUGCUGAAUAAGAUACUAGAAGUGCUUUAUGCGUAAUGUUAUAUACAAAGUUUAAAAA